AUGAAGCAGAAAAGAAAUGCGUCCAAGCGUCCUCAGCAGUCAGCAGCCUUGAGGCAGCAAGCCACGACAGCAACGGCAGCAACAACAGCGGCAACCACAGCAACAGCAGCAGGGGGUAGUAGCAAGAAGAAGAAGAAUGGUGUACAAGAAGUGGAGGGUGGUUCAAAGUCAACCAUCAGUGCGGCAUUCUCUUCACCAUCGCCCUUGUCUUCAAGUUCCAUGCCGAAGACAGCCACCCCAACCAAGAAGCGUAUGGUCAAUGACGAGCAGAAGCAGCGCGAGUUGCAUGUGCUAGUGAAUCGGCGGUACCAGACCCGCCACACAGUGUCGAAGCUGCUGAAGAACUGCGACGGAGAUGCCGCUACGAAGCAGAUGACUGGCACAACCUCAGUCGAGACCAGCGAGGCAGCCAGCGAUCACAGUGUGCAAGGACUGCGACGUUCUCCCCGCAAGUCCACGAGCCCGUACAAGAGGUCCUCGGCAGCGAACACCGCGAAGAAGGCAAAGCUCGUGCCCGCGCAGAAGAAGAAGCAGCAGGGCACAUCCACUGCCACCACAAUCAAGAAGAAGAAGAGGAGGAGGAGGGCCGCCGCACGCCGAAAGCAGCAUCGCAGUCGUGCUUCCAGCAACGCGCCGACUCUCAGCGCCCGCAGCGUCAGCAUCAUCACCCCUGAGGAAGCGCUAACCAUUGCUGGGUUUCAGCCCUUCAGCUUGUAUGCGGACAGCAACAUCCGCGACCUGUAUCGGCUGCUCUUCCAGCUCGCGCAGAUGCGACUCUACAGCUUCACCCACUCCUGGGUUUCCAAGCGCGACCGUCUGCUCUUCUUUCCAGAAGCAAACGUUGAACUGUCCUUCAAGCGAUUUGUAACCGUUCUCCAGGAACAUGGCGUGGCGGUGGAGCACUUGGUAACAAACGCCGACACAUUGGGCGACGGCCACUUCCUUGUCAAGCGCGAUGAGAUUACGUGGAAGCGCCCACAAUGCAAAUACGUGCGCGGAAAGAAUGGUCUCGUGUACCAGGACCGCCGGUUUGAGGUGUCAAGCUUCCUCUUCUGGCUGUGUGGCGUCACAGAGCCGGAGGAACUGCCGUUCCUCCACAGCCGCCCCGAUCAGCUCAAGCCACGUUGCGAGUUUGGGUUCCACGGUAGCAGGCGUGGGUUCAAGCACAAGCGCAAGCUGUGCCUCAAUCCAGCACACUACACCACGAACGACCUGUCAAACCUCAAGGAUUGCUGGAAGACCUGCUUCAAGUCAAACCCAGCAUUCGAGCACGAGAUUCGCAUGCCAGGCGACAAGGCACUCUGCUUCUGCGAUGAGUGUCACGUGCGCAGCAUGUGGCUUGUGUCCAAGAUCAAAGGGUAUCAGAUUCCAAAGGAAGUGGACGAGCAAGUGAAGCGCACAAGCACUCCAGAGUUUCUCGAGAGCGUCUCCACGUACAUCUCCCGCGUCAUUUACUCUCCCGCAUUCCGCAACGCACGCGCCUAA